CCAUCUCCUCUCCUCCUCCUCUCUCUCUCUUUCUCUUUCUCUCUCUCCCUCUCUCCCUCCCUCCCUGAGCGUCCCUGUAACUGAACAGUGAAAAUUCACAUUGUGGAUCCGCUAACAGGCGCAGAUGUCAUGUGAAAACGCACAUGUUCUGCCAUCCACACAGCCUUCCUUUCUUUCCUACCCCCCUCCUUUUUUGCUCCUUUCCCCUCUUCUUUGUAACUAACCAAACCACCAUCAACUCCUCCUCCUUCUCCUCCUCCUCCUCCUCAGUCCAAGUGAUCACAAAAGAAAUCUUCUGAAACGGUGGUGGCAUUUUUUUUUAAAGCAAGUACAUUGGAGAGAAAGACAACAAAACAAAACAAACCCAGGCACCAAUCAGACAACAUAUUUUCACCCUUCCUGAAAACAACAACAAACAACAACAAAACCCACCUGACCAAAUAGUCACCACUACCACCAUCAUUAUCAUCAUCAUCACCAUUAUCAUCAAAACCAGUUAAGACAGCAGAGGCCUCGAUAGCCGCUCAGCAGCCAACACCAACAACUGGCAACAAUAACAGCCUGGGAGGGAUGGUUUUCUCGGCAGAACAGAUCUUCGGCUGCAGCCUCCACUCGUGCUGAGAGGGGAUUUUUGUGCUUUCCGAGGUGCGGGCUGGGAGCAGCUUCAUGACUGCGCGGAGUGAGCGAUCAGCAGCACCAUGCGAGCACAAAUUGAAGUGAUACCAUGCAAAAUUUGUGGCGAUAAGUCCUCUGGAAUCCACUACGGAGUCAUCACAUGUGAAGGCUGCAAGGGAUUCUUUCGAAGGAGCCAGCAGAACAAUGCUUCUUACUCCUGCCCAAGGCAGAGAAACUGUUUAAUUGACAGAACGAACAGAAACCGGUGCCAACAUUGCCGGCUACAGAAGUGUCUUGCCCUAGGAAUGUCUCGAGAUGCUGUCAAAUUUGGGAGGAUGUCCAAGAAGCAGAGGGACAGCCUGUAUGCAGAAGUGCAGAAGCACCAGCAACGGCUUCAGGAGCAGCGGCAGCAGCAGAACGGGGAGGCAGAGGCCCUUGCCAGGGUCUAUAGCAGCAGCAUCAGCAAUGGCCUGAACAACUUGAACAACGAGACAGGUGGCACCUAUUCCAAUGGGCAUGUCAUUGACCUGCCAAAGUCCGAGGGCUACUAUAACGUGGAUUCGGGCCAGCCUUCCCCAGAUCAAUCAGGACUGGAUAUGACUGGAAUCAAACAGAUAAAGCAAGAACCUAUCUAUGACCUCACUUCUGUACCCAACUUGUUUACCUAUAGCUCUUUCAACAAUGGGCAAUUAGCACCAGGGAUAACCAUGACUGAAAUAGAUCGAAUUGCACAGAACAUCAUUAAGUCCCAUUUGGAGACAUGUCAAUACACCAUGGAGGAGCUUCACCAGCUAGCCUGGCAGACUCACACGUAUGAAGAAAUUAAGGCGUAUCAGAGCAAGACCAGAGAGGCAUUGUGGCAACAGUGUGCUGUUCAGAUCACUCACGCAAUCCAAUAUGUGGUGGAGUUUGCGAAGAGGAUCACAGGUUUCAUGGAGCUCUGUCAAAAUGAUCAGAUUCUACUCCUGAAGUCAGGUUGCUUGGAAGUGGUUUUAGUGAGAAUGUGUCGUGCCUUCAACCCACUAAACAACACUGUUCUGUUUGAAGGAAAGUACGGAGGAAUGCAAAUGUUCAAAGCCUUAGGUUCUGAUGACCUGGUGAAUGAAGCAUUUGACUUUGCAAAGAAUUUGUGUUCCUUGCAGCUGACCGAGGAAGAGAUUGCCUUGUUCUCAUCUGCUGUGCUGAUAUCUCCAGACCGAGCCUGGCUGAUAGAACCUCGGAAAGUCCAGAAGCUUCAGGAGAAGAUUUAUUUCGCCCUUCAGCAUGUGAUUCAGAAGAAUCACCUCGAUGAUGAGACAUUGGCAAAGUUAAUAGCCAAGAUACCAACUAUCACCGCAGUUUGCAACUUGCACGGAGAGAAACUGCAGGUAUUUAAGCAAUCUCAUCCCGAUAUAGUGAACACACUGUUUCCUCCAUUAUAUAAGGAGCUUUUCAACCCUGACUGUACCACAGUCUGCAAAUGAAGGGGAGCACAGAGCUGUCAUGUGGUUCUGGAAUGCAUCACUCUUAAGGCAAAAGCAAUGCGCUCAAGAAGACUUAUGAAAAAUGUCACUACUGCAACACUAGGAAUGUCCUGCACUUAAUAGAAUUAUUUUUCACCGCUACAGUUUGAAGAAUGUAAAUAUGCACCUGAGUGGGGCUCUUUUUUUUUUUUUGGAACUGACCAUAAAUAUACAAAUAUAGGACACUGGGUGUUAUCUUUUUUUAAUUUUAUUGGGGUAUGUUUUGGGAGACAACUGUUCAUAGAAUUUUAUUGUAGAUAAAAAAAAAUGAGAACAGAGCGGUACCUUACAUUAUUACUCUUGCUGUUUAUUGUUCAGAUAUAAUUUAAGAAAAUUCCACUUAUUAGACUUACCUAUUUCUAUGUUUUUAGAUAGUUACUUGCAUGUGGAAAUUUGUAGCUGUCUUGAAAAGUACUGUGUAUGUAUGUAAUAAGUAUAUAAUAUGUGAAUAUAUUAUAUAUGACUAUUACUUAUACAUGCACAUAUACUGUGGCUUAAAAUCCCAUGCCUACUUGCAAAGGAUGUUCAGUCAGGCUUUCUUGUAUUAUUUACCCUCUGUGUAACGUGUUAGCUUUAUGUUGGGUAAUCUGGAUUUUUGCUUUGCCAACCAGAGUUUAGCCAUCCAUAGCCAAUGGCAGGAUGGCAUCAAUGUUCUGAAAAUGUACAAAAAGUAGUGGAUGCAAUAGACAGCCUCUACCCUAACAGCUCUAUUUGUAGCCAUGAUACAAAAGCCUUGUCUGGAGGGUUCAAAUGGAAAGUAUAAUUUUUUUUUCCUGUUCUAAGAAUCAGGCAACAGGCAAUAUUAUGGGAACUUGUGGCUGGAAAAGUUUUUGACCCAACACAAUAAAUAUUGGAUAUUUCCCACUAGAAAACGCAACUUUUUUUUCUUUUUUCCCAUAUCUCUAAUUACAAAAGGGAUUUCUCCUCAAAGCAAAUUAUAGCAUCAAAUGAGAAAUAUAGGCUAUGAAUAGCGAUCACCAGCAAACUCAGACUCAUUUUAAAAAACAAAGUGAUGCGACCAAUGGAAAUACAGGGGUAUUGGUGCCAUUUUAUGCAAAUAUUUAGUUCUAGGAACUAUUCAGAAGAAGUAAAAGUAGCAUGAAUGAGUACCAGGCAAAGAAUCAGCUAUUGGGGUUUACUGUUUUCAGAUAUAAAAGACAGCUGCAAUAAACCUAAAUUUUCAUAUAUGUACCCUCUACAUUUCUGGGGGCUUCACUCUAUCUCUGCCUCUAUUUCUCUCUCUCAGUCUGUUUCUGUCUCUCAGUCUUUCUCUGUCUCUGCCUCUAUCUCUUUAAAACCUUCAGAUCGCAAAACUGGAGCAGUAACUGACUUGCUAUGAAAGAGUCUUAAAAGACAUCAUAUUUUAGAAUUAGACUGUAUUAAAAAACUAAGCCACUGAAGUAGUAUCACUUGUUCAGCCUUUUAAAGACAUGAGAAGUGUAUUUCAGAAUACACAAAGUCAGCCUAUGAAGAUAUACAUGUAUGGACAUAUAUAUGACUGUCACUUAGGCUGACUAAAUACCAAGUGAGUCUUCCAUGCCUGUUCUAUGCUGGAUGAUCUCCUGGAAGAUCAGGAGAAGGGAGACUUAGUGUAUAGAAUAAUGAAAGUUAUACCAUCCUUUUGUAAAUGAACAGAAGCCACCAUUUCAUUAAAAUAUGGCCUUUUCUCCUGGGAGGGGAGGGGCCCACAGCAGAGGGAAUAAAGCCUGUGUCUUUUAGAUAG